AUGGAGAUCUACACGAAAUCCCCUGGAACCCUCCGGAGAAGUGCCCGGAGAUGUCCCCUUAUCAAGGACAGCUCUGCUGAGAGGCCAACAGCGGACAUCAGCCUGGUGUUUGCAGAAGCCAAGCCAGAGAGCCGCUCGCCCUCCCGAGGUGGCAGCGAGCUGGCCGUCAAGCCCCGAGGGUGCUCUGUGGUCCCGCUGCUGCGCCAAGGCCCUGUAGUCCCGGGUCAAAGCCAUGCCCGUGGGGCUGGCGGCCGCAGGACUAGGAAAAUCCUCCUCCUGGUCCAGGACAGCUGCACCCGCCAGGUGUGGCUGCGGAAUUUGCUGUGUCGCCUGCCCGCGCAGCUGGAGCGGAAAAGCCCGGGCGUCAGAACCCCCUGUCUGAGCACCCAGCCGCGCAUUCCUAUUCUUGACCCCGAACAAAAUAAGACUUCACAUACUUACGCAGGCAACGCAGUUGACAAGGUUUCUGGCUUUUCCAGCAAGGAAACAGAUGAACAAGGAACUUGUCAGAGACAGCCAUCAUCCUGGCAUGAGGUUGUCCUUGCCUCUCUUUCUGGUUUCUCUUUCAUCAAUGACAGUUACCUCUUCCAAAGCCUGGACCCUCCACUGCCCGAGAUAAGAAAGGCUGAGGUCUGUAAGAGGCAUAUCCAGAGGAGGAAGCUGGGAGUUGGGGAGGAGUGGAUCACAAAGUUGCUUGGGGUUAGCGAGGGUCCCAAGCAAGAGCCUUGCUCUUCUUUCCGCAGCUGCUGGUGGGUAAAGGCGGGUGCUCCCAGUAGCACGACCCCUGCUGUCCCUUCACCUAAGUCUGUGUGUGUUGGAGGCACAGAUAGCGGGUACGACCCUUUCCUGCUAGAAAGGCCCGAGAUCUGGCCUUUGGUAGACACCAGCCUUACUCAGCUGCUCCAGGAGAGGCUGGUUACUCCCUGGGGUCAGAUAGAGCAGCAGCCAGAGGUGACGAAUGAGCAAAACUUUGCAGAAAGAGUUCAGGAGGAAGGAUUUGGUGCUGGGGUGAGCAUCCAACUUGUUGGCCAGGAACUGAAGAUGAGAGAGCCUCCUACUGGGAGAGUCUCUCUCCCAAUCUGAAUGAAUUAUUUCACAGGGACCAACCAACAAAAGGGCACAGCUGGUCACUCUUCUGGGAAUAGCUUCUUCUCACCAUUCCUUUGGCUGACCACUGGCCAAGCCAUCAGACCUCGGUGUGGGGAGAAUUCAGCUGUUCCAGGAGCUGUCCCUGACUCUUCUUCCCUCUCCUCCAGGGCCUAAACUGACUUCUGCCAAACUCAUCGUUUCAUCUCAGCAUUGUCCAGACUCUAGGGACCACAAGGCAGCUUUCACAGCCAUUUGUAAUGGUGGGAACUCCUCAAGAUCAAAGACAUAAUCAUUUCAUAUCUGUUAUUUGUCAUUAUAUAUUUUCUAUUCACAAAGAGUCUAUUUAAAGAACAUAAAUAAUUUCCUUUUGCUCA